AUGGAGGGAUCAUCGUUUGCAAAGAGAGUAAAGACUUUCGAUGCAUUUCCCAAAGUGAAUUCACAACAUACACUUAGAUCUGAAAGAGGAGGAUUGUCCACAUUAAUGACAUAUUUUUUUGGACUCUUUUUCAUUUGGAUAGAAAUUGGUGGAUUCAUAGGUGGUUAUGUCGAUAGACAAUUUGUAGUUGAUAAUGUAGUGAAAUCCAAUUUAACCAUAAAUAUUGAUAUGCUUGUUGCUAUGCCUUGUGAAUCCAUUCAUACAAAUGUUAUAGAUAUCACUCGUGAUAGAUAUAUGGCUGGUGAAACAUUAAAUUUUGAAGGUAUUACCUUUUUCACUCCACCUGGAUUCAAUAUUAAUAAUUUAAAUGAUCGUCAUGAUACUCCAGAAUUAGAAGAAGUGAUGCAAGAGAGUUUAAGAGCAGAAUUUAGAGUACAGGGUUUAAGAAAAAAUGAAGGAGCACCUGCUUGUCAUAUAUUUGGUUCAAUUCCAGUAAAUCAAGUUAAAGGUGAUUUUCAUAUAACUGCCAAAGGAAUAGGAUAUCGAGAUAGGCUGCAAGUUCCUAUUAAGAAUUUGAAUUUUUCUCAUGUUAUUCAAGAGUUUUCAUUUGGUGAUUUUUAUCCAUUUAUCAAUAAUCCUUUAGAUGCAACUGGGAAAGUUACUGAAGAACAUUUACAAAGAUAUAUUUAUCAUGCAAAAGUUGUCCCAACCAUGUAUGAAAAACUUGGUUUACAAAUAGAUACGAAUCAGUAUUCAUUAACUGAAAACCAUCAUGUUAUAGUACUUAACCCGGUCACUGGUGUGCCAAAUGGAAUUCCGGGGAUAUUUUUCCGUUAUGAUUUUGAACCAAUAAAGUUACAAAUUGUCGAGAAAAGAAUUCCAUUCAUUCAAUUUAUUGCUAAAUUAGGUACAAUUGUAGGAGGGCUUCUUGUAGCGGCGGGAUAUCUUUUCAGAUUAUACGAAAGCUUGCUUGCUAUAUUAUUCGGAAAGAAAUAUGUGGAUAAAGAUAGAGAAAAGAAACAAGGUGGUUUAUUAGAUAGUGAGGUUGAUGUUAAGGAGCAUGACAACUAA